AAAAAAACAAUAUAACUAGUUGACCCUUUCAAAAGUUGUAAUGUUAGCCAACUGAAUGAGGUGGUUUAUUGUUUUCAAGAAAUUACUCUCAUCAAAAUUGAAUUAAUGGAUUCAAGUAAUUAAGUGAGGAUAACGAGUACAUAUGGUUGGUAGAGACAAGGUAAUGAUCAAUUAAAAAUCACACAAAAAAACAUAAUUAAAAUAUAUUAGCAAACAAAUUUCAUAUAAAUAUCCAAAUACAUAGUGUUGAUGAACAAUUUUCUAAGAAAAGACAUUAUGAUGUUCUUAACAUGCAUCCUAAUGGCAAUGCUUUUAUUUAUGGUGAAAAUUGAUGACUCAUUGUCAGCUAGCUGUUUCACCUGUAAUCCAUGUCCUACACCAUUUAAUCCCCGAUCCAAUUUAAUUACAAAUAGAACAGGCUGUAGAUGGUGUGCUAAAAUUGAACCUAGCGGUUAUCCAUAUGUUGUUAGAGAUUGUGUUGAUGUAUGCGAAUCUAAUUCCUGGUUCUAUAUGUUCAACAAAUAUUCAUACCAAUGCUGUACAAGAGAUUACUGUAAUAAGAGUCAGACAAAUUAUCCACCUCUACAAAUGAUAACAAUAAUAAUAUUUGCUAUUUGCUUAUAUAUCAAUAAAAUGAAUUCAAAAAUGUAAAAAAAUGCGUAAUUAAUUUGCA